AUGAGACAGAACGUUCCGUUGGGUCCUGCUGCCACUCACACCACCACAUCUAGUGGCGGGCAGCCACGUCGACCAUCGUCCUUGUCGGCGUGGCUGGCCUCCCUUGGCGCAUCGAUAUCGUCGCUGUGCCGCCGUUGCUCUCAGUGUAUCCAGAAAUUCGCUGGUAGGUGUGCCGCUCAUUGAAACAUCUGGGUGCGUCCAUUCUCUGUGUGUCGGUCGUCAGGUAGGCCAUCGGCGCCGGACCAUUGGUCAUGCCCCAUCCCCUCCUUCCCCUCUGUGACCACACAGCCCCCCUCCUCUCACCCACCCCCUGCCGACACACAACUGCCCUCUCAGACAGGAGCAGUGGCAGCAGCAGCAGGCGGCCUUCGCGAGCAGCAGAGGGACAGUCAGGUGAGCCGUGGCGUGUCGAGUGAAGAGCCGCAGGGCGAGGACAGACUAGUCGAGGAGACCUCACCUGGUGAGAAAAACAAGAGAGCAUGAGCCGUUCCCGGUCGAUUGUGCCUUGAAUGCUUGUGCCAUGUUACAAUUGGUUGAUCGAUCCAUGCAGUGUAUCGCCUGAGCCACCGGCGCCGUUGCCCACUCCUCUACAUCCCAGGCGGGCCCCAAUGCCACGACAGCUGCCGCAGCCACCCGAGGAAGAGUGAAGGGUCAGGUGCAGGCAGCGUUUGAAUACUUACUUGUGUGUGUGCAUACCUGCUUUGAAUCCAUACCUACCUCCGCACGUUAUGGAGGGAGGGGCGUGAGGCGG